GAACUUAAGUACUUUAAAAAAAAAAAAUUCAGAGUUGCGACUUGCUUUUAGUAACAGAUCACUUUCUCUCUCAGUUCCUUGAGUAAAACACAAAUGUAGAGCUUGAAAGUAAAGAAUGGAGUUGGUAGGUAGAACUGCUGGCAGGAAUUGCCAUUUCUAGAAGUAUUUUGGACUAUAUACCUAGAGAAUUCUCCAAGUAUGUAACACUUAAAAUGCUUAGGAAUAGUGUCAAAUGUCUUCUUAAAUGUAUUCCUGGGCUUGUGGAAAGAUGAAGCAAACUUACCAAGGGCAGAGGCAGAAUUGUGCAGAUCCAAAGACAUCAGAGUUGUUCCCCCAAGGGCAUUCGCUGACUUUGCACUGGAAAGGCAUUUGGUUGCCCUGAAUUUUGGGGGUCCUGGAGGUAGGGGAAGACUGGGAGAUAAAACUAGAAGGCAAGCACUGUGUUUAGAAGGAAAAAUAACCCCACAGAGUGGGACAUACGGUUACUUACUUAUCUGAUUGUUAGCUCUGAAUAUAGUGGAAUAAAAAAAAAAAAUCCUCCUGAGAAUUACUACUAUUUUCUGUUGAAUAAUUGACAUAUAGUAUUAGUUUCAGGUGUAUAAUAUAGUCAAUAUUUUAUAUACAUUAUGAAAUGGUCACCACAAUAAGUCUAGUUACCAUCUAUCACUAUACAAAGUUGUUACUAUAUUAUUGAUUGUAUUCCUUUUAAGUUGUCUUAUUUUUAUAUAACAAAGAUUGUUAAUUAAUCUCUUCAUCUCCUUCAUUUGUUUUUUCCAUUCCCCCUCUUCCCUCGGCCAAAAAUCAGUAAUUUCUAGAGAAGGUUAUGGGGGGUAGAUAAAGUAGAAAAAAGGAAUGUAAAAAAAAAAAAUAAAGAUAUGUUACAGGUCGAAAACAACCCUGAAAUUCUGGUUUAAAAAUACAGAUUAGUUCUUCUUGCUACUUACCCAGUCUAGGCUGUGAUCCUUGGGUACCUAGGCUGCUGGAGUCUUCACUUGAGUACAUUGUCCUGUGAUUGCCACCUAGGUAAAGGGAACUGGCUGUUAAAAGUUCUUCCAAAAAGCCACAGAUAUUUGUUCGGCUCACAUUUUCAUUGGACAAAGGCCAUUAAGAGGCCACACCUUCCAUCAGAGGGAAGGAGCAAAUGCAGUUAUGCCGCGGGCUUGCAGGAGAACUGUAGUGUUCAUGAACUGCCAGGAUGCCUACCGCCAGGCCAUUACCAGAAUGGGGCAAAGAUUUAAAUGAUGAUGAGAGUAUUAUAGGGCCCUCUGUGUCAGCUGCUGCACUACUGCUGCUGUCAUGCCCAGUGCCUUGCUCGCUGGGCUCUGCGGCCACUGAGCCACCACACGCCAUGCCUGCCCUCUUGUCUCAGCCCACGCGGCUGCCUUCGCCGCUGCAGCCCAUGCACCCCAGGCCAUACAUGCGGCCCUUUGUGCGGCUCCGGGUGGCAAGGGCCCAUGCUGCCUACGGUCUCCUGCGCUCUCCUGGGCCCUGCGGCUGCAGCACACUGCACACCCAGGGGCACAGAGCUUUUGUUGAAUUGCUGAAUGAUGACAUUGAGGAGGAAAUGGAGAUACCAAAGCGUAAUUACCUCCCCAAGAGUUCUGGAAGUUGGGAGCUGGAAGUAGAUGGGUCAGAAGCCAAGUUAGUGCAGAAAGUUGCCGGAGAGAAGAUCACUGUGGCUUUCAACAUUGACAAUAGUAUCCUGCCAACAUUGGAUGGGGAGGAGGAGCUCUCCAAGGGCAGAAGGUUGAAGAACAGCCUAUUGACAUCCAUUCCCGGUUUUGUGGUUGAAGUUUUGAGGACUUGUAGCAAGAAGCCCCCGGUGCUGGACUGUCCCUGUCCAGAAGAUGAGACUAGGCAAGAAGAGGAGGUCCCGAGUGACACUGUCUCCAUCAGGGAAGUGAGCUUUCAGUCUGUUGAGUCUGAGUGGAAGGAUCUGAAUUACACAGUCAACACUGAUCCCCUGGACUGGGCCUUAUAUGACUACCUGAUGGAUUUCCCGGCAGAUGGAUGGGGGGGUAACACUUCUGCAGAUGAGUUGGUAGAGCUCCGCACAGACCUGGAGCACUGGGAAUACAUUCCUUUAAUCUUCGAUCACAAACAUUUUGUCAGAAGCCAGUAGAGCAGCAAGACCUCGAACACCUUAAUUCUAUGGCAAGCUUUGGCCAGGGAACAGCCUACUCUGAGCCAGGCAUACACAUAUGUUGAAAUGGUUUUCAUCCUAAUAUCAUGGAAAAUUUUCAAACUUAAAUUAUUUCCAUUGCCCUCUAAUUUACUAUUCAUUUAUUUCUUUUCUACAACUCAAAUAUUUUGUUCCUAGAUUUUUGUGUGACAUAGGGACAAUAAAAUUGGCUUAUCUCCUCCCUAAACAAAAAAAAUUUAUGAACAACUUUAUGGUAGUAAAGCUUAAAUUCUUAAAAGUUGUGAAUGUGUAGGUUUCUACAACUACAUAAAUGAUCAAAAUGGACUCUUAGGAGAAAAAAAAGAGCUGUUAAUUUUCUUAGAACACCGAAGACAAUUAUUCAUUAGUUCUUAAAGGAGUCAUUUCCCAUUUUACACAAAGAAUAUGACUGUACCAGAAUGUGAUGGUACCAGAAUCCAUCAAGGAUAGAAUAAGAAAAAAUAGUUUAACUUACAAAUAGAGAAGCAAAAAUCUCAAGAAAAAGAAACAGUAGUCUGUUGAAUCUAAUACAUAAAAUACGUAAUACACCAUGACCAAAUAGAAUUUAUUCAAGGAAUGAGAGAUUGAACAUUAGAAAAAAGUUAACAUCUCCUGUUUUAUUUAUUUUUUUACAUAGCCCAUUUUAAAGGAGAACUGGAUGAUCCUCUCAGUAGAGGAAAAAGCAUUAAAUUCCACAGUAAUCUGAUUAAAAAAAAAAAAAACUCUUAGCAAAUUAGGAGUAGAAAAUACCUACCUUUUAAAAUUACAUGAAAGACAAGUGAAAAUGUGCAGCAAGUUCAGAACCAAGUCAAGGGUACCUACUCACACUGCUACUCAACAUUGUUCUGCAAGUUCUAGGUGGAGCAGUAAGGUAAAACAAAAGAAAGAAGGAAAACUAUCAUAUAUAGGUUUUAUGCAAGUAUGCAGUGAAAACCACAAAAUACUCCACAUAAGCUUUCUGAUGAAUUAAUCUGGAAAUUUGUUAGGCUUGCUAGUUACAAGAUUCUGUAACAAAAAUCUGUUGCAUUUCCAUACACUAACAAUGAACAGAAAAAUGCAAUUAAAAAUCGAUAUUUAUAGUAGCAUCAAAAAAGCAAGUAACAUAGCAAUAAAUUAACAAGACAUGUAAGGCCUAUUUUUAGAAAGUUUAAAAUUUUAUUUGAAAAUAUUGGAGUUGGAUUAGAUGGACAGAUACACUGUAUAUAUAUUAAUGAGCAUGAAGACCUACUAUAAAAAUGUCAUUCUUCACAUUGAUAAACAUAUUGAGCAUCAUUCCAUUCAAAAUCCCAGUACUGUCUAUAGCAAAUUCCAAGUUGCCUUUAAAAUUUAGGUGAAAAAAGAAAUGGCCAAGAAUAGCUAAGAAACUCCUAAAGAAAUUCAACAAAAUGGAAAAAACUUGCCCUAUCAGAUACCAAGACUUAACACAAAGUUAUAAUAGUUCAUGAAAACAUUGUAUAGAAUAUUAUUUAGAGGGGCACCUCGGUGGCUCAGUGGGUUAG